AUGUCUCCUAGGCUCUCACAACAGCAGAGCGGAACCGAAAGUUUUCCAAUAUCAACACCCAUUUCUGGGACAUCCUCUCUCAUUCACAAGAACGAUCAACAUGCAUCCACACCAGAUAGUAAGGAGGGAGUAGGGAGAAACGUGGAUCGUGUUCAUCAAAUUGGUUACGACGAAGUGGCCCCGUCGGAACCGAACAAGAGAGGACUGGCGCUCCUCAUGAUUGUCGUGGCACUGGCUUUGAGCAUGUUUCUUGUAUCCCUAGAUAUGACUAUUGUUGCGACAGCAAUUCCAAGGAUCACGGAUGAAUUCGGUGGCAUCGAUCUGGUAGGUUGGUAUGGCUCAGCCUUUUUCAUCACUUUAGGUGGGUUUCAGGCUGCAUGGGGCAAAAUAUACAAAUACUUUCCUUUAAAACUAUCUUUUCUGAUCGGAAUUGUGCUUUUCGAGAUCGGAAGCUUAAUUUGCGGAGUCGCACCCAAUAGCCUUGCGCUGAUUAUUGGCCGAGCUAUCACGGGUGUUGGAGGUGCUGGCAUUUCUUCGGGCGCAUUCACCAUCAUUGCAUUUUCUGCCCCUCCAAAACAGCGACCUGCGUAUAUCGGAAUUCUCGGUGCCUCAUAUGGAAUUGCAGCGGCUGUAGGGCCGCUUAUUGGGGGAGCUUUUACCAGUCAUGCUACGUGGAGGUGGUGCUUUUAUAUCAACCUGCCGAUCGGAGGAGUCUCGGCUGUGAUCAUCUCUUUGUUCUACGCGCCACCUCCUGCAUCGUCACUUUCAAACGAACCAUUGAGGGAAAAGAUUCUACAAAUGGACCUUCCCGGUGCCUUUCUUCUCAUCGGAGCUAUGAAGGAUCGAGCCUCCAUGGUCGGCCGUCUGUUUGAGCGAAAUGUGAUUGUUGCAAUGAUCUACAUCGACCUUCUAGCAGGAACAUUCUUCCUCCUGGUCUAUUAUCUUCCGAUUUACUUCCAGGUUGUUUCAGGAGUAUCUGCAGCGGAAAGUGGCAUCAGAAAUUUGCCCUUGAUCCUCGCGCAGAGUGUUGCAACGGUUUUGUCAGGGAUCGCAUUAAGCAAAUUUGAUCGACCCCUGCCCUUCCUCUUGCUUGGGGCCGGGCUCACCGCUAUCGGUUCCGGGCUAUUAUACACACUGGACAUCAAUUCGUCGGCGGGAGUGUGGAUUGGAUAUCAAAUCCUCGCCGGUGUCGGGGUUGGGUGGUGCUUCCAAGUCCCCGUUGUUACUGCACAAGCAAACGCUGCACCCGCCGAUCUCCCUUCGGUGACUGCUAUGGUACUAACUGUCCAAACGUUUGGUGGCUCCGUCUUCGUCUCUGCGGGGCAGUCCGCUCUUGAUAAUGUGCUGCUGAGAAGUCUUCCAAGACUCCCCGGAAUCGACUCGUCGGAGGUUUUAAGAACAGGCGCUACUGGAUUACGCAAUAUAUUCGGUCCCGAACAGUUACCAGGAAUAUUAGCUGCUUACAUGAAAGGCAUUCGAGCCGCAUUGCUUGUGGCAGUGAUCGCAUCCAGCGUGGCAACUGUCAUUGGUAUGGGCAUUCGGCGGACAAGGCUUGGUGGGAUUUCGUCAUCUGCUCCAUCCGUCUAA